AUGUCAAUGUCAAGAGUUUGUCUCUGCCUAAUCUUCCUCACAUUCCUCACUUCCCCACUUGUGCUCUGCUCUCGCAGCCCCAAACUCGCAGAAGCAUCAUCAGCCGCAAGAGAGAAGAGUCACAAGAAAGGACACAUUCAUCCUCCUGCAAUGCAUGUUCCCCACUCAAUCAAUGCUGUUGAUUCACCAUCCUCCAUGACCAAGAUUGAUGGUGAUGAGCCUGCAACAAACUCUGCCAUAGCCGGUUUCUUCAGGUACAGAUUCCCAUUCCAAGGAUGGCCUUUCCACAAGUAUGCUCCUUUCCCAAACCCUGCAAACCCUUCUGUUCCCACGACAACACCGGCCACCGGAGCUGAGGAAGAGGAGUCUGAGAAAGUUCCUUCUUCUCCAACCAAAGGAAACAACAGAGAUGGAGGCAAUGCUUGA